UCUUUCAGCUUUGGACUGUUUACUGUUUGGAGUUUGGUUUUUGGAGUUUUUAAAAAAUAAGGAAGGGAAAAGUAUUAUUAUUUUACCGUUUUUAUAUUGUUUAUCCAAUGUUUUUUUGUUUUGUGUGGGUAUGAGAAAAUGACAGGUGAAAAAAUUAAUUUGAUUAUUCUUAAAGAGUGCAGUGACAUAGGAAAUGAGCCAAUAAUUGAAAAGUGCAUGGAAUGGGGAAUUUUAAAAAGAGAGGUUAAUUGUCCGGCUUGCGCAAAAGAUAAUUAUAUUUCUAAAAUGAAAUUACGAAAGGAUGUAAGUCUAUUGGAGGGGUACAAGUGGUCUUGCAAUAAAUUACGUUCCAAAAAUAAAAAGAAAAGAAAGAGAUGCUCAUUUUCAAUGUCCCUCCGCGGAAGAACUUUUUUUGGAAAUUCAAAACUACCGAUAUGGAGAAUCUUGAGUUUUAUCCAUCUUUGGACUAAAAAUGUUUCAACGGAGGUAAUGAGUGAGGAAUUGGAAAUGAGUAAAGCGACGGUUUUAGAUUGGUGCUCUUUCUGUCGCGAAGUCACGUAUGAUGCCAUGAUGGUGAGGAACAAGAAAAUUGGAAAAAAAUGCAGUAAGGUUCAACUUGGUAAAUAUAAAUUUGGGGAAAAAAGAUGUAACAAAGGCAAAGUUGUAGAAGGUCAAUGGGCUUUAGGUGGCAUCGACGAAUUGUCUGGAGAAAUUUUUAUGGCAACAGUUGAAAAAAUAACAUCAGAAACUUUGAUACAAAUUAUUCAAAAAUAUGUUGAAUCUGGUACAACAAUAGUGUCCAACUUGUGGAAGGAGCUUGAUUGCUUGAAGGAGGAAGGCUUUGAGCAAUUAAAGAUGAACAACGAAAUGAACUUUAUAAUCCCCGAUACAGGUUCUCAAACACUCAAAAUUGAUGCUGUGUUCAGAGCUGCUAAGACAAGCUUGCUGCGCUGUCAUAAGAAUAAUGAAUUUUUUUCUGGCCAUGUAUCAAAAUAUCUAUUUGAUAAGUCAUGCAAGUUGAGGAACUUAAAUCCCUUUAUAGAGUUCUGCAAAGAAGCAGGAAACUUGUACAAUCCUGACAAAAAAGAAACAGAUCCAGAAAUAAUAUAAAUGAGAAAAUGAUGACUGGCACAACGAAAAGAAGGUAUGAAGAUGAAGGUUUAGCGCACUGAACUAUGCUCCAAGUAGGCUUACUUGCUUCUGGCCAAACAGAUAGCAAUCGACCAAAUCGUCCUAUUCAUCAAUCAGGGAAUUCAUAAAAUGCCAAUAUUAGAUGCUCCUGAAGUCAUACGGUGCCUUUCAAUCAUCAAAUACAAAAUAUCAAAAGACUGACUAUAGUAGUACUAUCAACAUAACGUUAAUUGUAACCACAAAAGUAGAACUUUUUGUAUGUGCCAGAAAACCGCUUGUCACUGGCAUCACGUAUUGUUAUAUUGUCUUUAAUUGGGAUUUGUUCUCUUCAAUAUGAACCAGUGUCUCUCAAAUGCUGGAACAAAAUAAUUUGAUGACCUUUAUUAUUGCAAUUUUAAUUUUUGUUUUUCCAAUACUAUAGAAAAUAAAUAUUUGGUCCACAAAAGCCAAAGAACGAAACAAAAAUUGUGUAAUUUUAAUAUCAUGUAAUAUAAUGUAAAAUAUCAAAUAAGUUAACGUACAAAAG